CUCAUUGGAUGCUAAUUGGGAAAUUUGGUUGCAGAGGAGAAGAUGCCAGUAACUCAAGAAACUAGCUCUUUUGAUGGUAACUCUACAGAACUGCUAACUGAACAAGCAAACAUGAAGGCUUGUUACCUUGGAUGGCAGGUACAGACUGAAGAAACAUGAUGCCAUCUUUCAUCGAGUUAGAAAUGGAUGUGUUUGCUGGCAUAAGGAAGCUCAUAGCAAAUUUGAUGUGGAAACCAUCCCUACAAGUGCGCAAUUAGUGUCAAUCCUCUAAAUGCAGAGACAAGUUCAGAUGGAUGUGCAUCUCUUUAUUUUGGGAGAAAUUCUACUUCAUAUGUUAUGGGAAGAAUUAACUUUCAGCUUUACCACAUAAAGAAUGAUGCGGAUUGUUUUGCAGCUUUACUACAGCAAGGAAGAUGCGGAUUGCCUUCAACAAUACGUAGCCCUUGAUACCUCAUUCCAUGAAGAAAAGCCAAAAACUACUGGGGGAGUUACUGAACCUUUUUUAUACUAUGAUGCCAAUGGUUCCUCAGGCGAGUCGGAGGUGGGUUGUGGGGUUUGAGAUGGCGAUCUCGAACGCGGAGGGGGAUCCCGCUACCGGUAACGAAGGAGGAGGGGAGAGGAAGCGGAAGCGCCGGGCAGACCCGCCGGUGGCCAAGUGGAGGACGGAGGGCGAGCAGAAGACCUACUCAUCCAAGCUCAUCGAGGCCAUCCGCCGCGUCCGCCGAUCCUCCGCGGCGGCAGCGACGGACCACUCGCGGAGCCGAGCCGUCCGGGCGGCGGCGGACCGAGCGCUGGCGGUGGCUGGACGUGGCCGGACACACUGGAGCCGUGCGAUCCUCUCCGGCCGGAAGCUCAAGCUCUGGGUCCGGGCGCGGGCCUGCCGGCGGAAGCCCCUCGGCAGCAUAACCGCCGCCUCCGCCUCCCACACGACACCGAAGAGCAAGCCACCGACCCUGGAGAGGAAGGCGAGGGUUCUGGGCCGGCUGGUCCCGGGCUGCCGGAAGCUGCCUUUGCUGACUCUCCUGGAGGAGGCAUCCGACUACAUCGCGGCGCUCGAGAUGCAGGUGCGGGCCAUGAGCGCCAUCGCCGAGAUCCUCUCCGCCGCCGGUGCGGCGACAGCGGAGCCUAUGUGAUCGGAGGUCCUCUUCUUCUUCCUCUUGGUCUUCGCUGCCUUUCCGGCCUUAGAAUUGGUUGUGGUAAUUCGUUGUACAUUUCAUCUAUCUUCUCUUCUUUGUUUU